UCUGCACGCCUCUCCAACACUCACACUCGUUGUGACAGUGGCGGUGGCGUCCACCGCGCGUGGAAGUGCACCCCCGGAGGAGAGAGAGCAUGAGAGCCAGGCGGCAGCACGACCAGGUUGGGAAUUAAACGAGAAGAAGGAGAAGGAGGAAGCUUCUGUGGAAAGCUUUCUGAGGAGACUUUGCAGGAGCAAGCUCGGACUCUUUGGAUUUUAACGUGCUUGUCGAGCAUCCCACUGAGGAAGCGGUAAGGAAUUUCCAAGAAAUUCCUGCAGGAAGCCGCUUGAUUGCCACAGCAGAGCGGAGUUAUUUACCAACCUCGCCCCGCUUUCUGAGCCGACUGGAAAAGAUUGGAGUCUACAGUAAUUGGCACUGGGCCGUCGGAGUGGGAGUGCUGCAGUUUAGCGCGCCCGAAAGGUUGGAAAGAGGACGUCGAACGUUCAGGUGAUGAAGGCUUGAAGUGACCUCUUCCUGACCGACGCGGGAAAAAGCACGGCGCCCUUCCUCGCACGUUGGCCGCUGCCACCGUCCCACCUCUUUCCUCGCCAAAGUGCUUUCACCGUGGCUCAGCUCUCGCUCCCGUGCCACUUCCACUUUGAGAGCUGACCCUCACAGACCGCCAAUGCUAGCAAGGAACUGCCUGCUGCUGUUCCUUUGGUAUCAUCUCCAGGAAGGCUCGGCCUCGCCGCCGCCACCCAUACGGCCGCCCUCCUCGCCACUGGGACCCGGCAGGAUGGCGGGGAGGGCGCGCGCCAGGAGCUUGAUGGGCCCCGUAAGGAAUGGGCCGGCUGGGUUCCAGAGGGUCAAGAGGGGCUGGGUGUGGAACCAGUUCUUCGUGUUGGAGGAGUACAUGGGCUCUGACCCGCAGUACGUGGGAAAGCUGCACACUGAUCUGGAUCAGGGCGACAGCGUAGUCAAGUACACGCUCUCGGGCGAAGGGGCCGGCUCCAUUUUCACCAUUGACCAAACCACGGGGGACAUCCACGCCUUACGGAGUCUGGACCGCGAGGAGAAGCCUUACUACACGCUACGCGCGCAGGCGGUCGACCUCAACAGCAACAGACCGCUGGAGCCCGAGUCUGAGUUUGUGAUCAAGGUGCAAGACAUCAACGACAACGAGCCAAAGUUCUUGGAGGGGCCGUAUCGAGCCAGUGUUCCCGAGAUGUCGCCCGUGGGGACGUACGUGACGCAGGUGACGGCCACCGACGCGGACGACCCGACGUACGGGAACAGCGCCAGAGUGGUUUACAGCAUCCUGCACGGACAGCCCUACUUCUCCGUGGACCCCAAAACUGGCGUGAUCAAGACGGCCUUGCCCAACAUGGACCGGGAGGUGAAGGAGCAGUACCAGGUGCUCAUCCAGGCCAAGGACAUGGGGGGCCAGCUGGGGGGGCUCGCCGGGACCACCGUCGUCAACAUCACCCUCAGCGACGUCAACGACAACCCGCCCAGGUUCUCCAAAAGUUUUUUCCACUUGCGCGUUCCCGAGUCCUCGGCGGUGGGCUCGGCCGUGGGCAGGAUCAAGGCCCACGACUUGGACGUGGGCAAGAACGCCGAAGUGGAGUACACCAUCGUGCCGGGCGACGGGGGCGCCAUGUUUGACAUCACCACCAAUGACCACAACCAAGACGGGAUAAUCGUCCUCAAACGGCCGCUGGACUACGAGAGCAAGAAGGCAUACACCUUCAAGGUUGACGCGUCCAACGCUCAUCUGGAUCCCCGAUUCCAGACCUUCGGGGCCUUCAAAGACACGGCGACGGUGAAGAUUAACGUCCUGGAUGUUGACGAGCCUCCGGUGUUCAAUAAGCCCGCCUACGUGAUGGAUGUGUACGAGGACACACCGGCGGGCACCAUCAUUGGCGCGGUGACGGCGCAGGACUUGGACGCCAGUAGCAGUCCAGUCAGGUACUCCAUCGACUGGAGGAGUGACCUGGACAGCUACUUCGACAUCGACCCGGCGGAGGGAACCAUCUCCACCAAUGAGGUGCUGGACAGGGAGAGCGUGGCCUGGCACAACAUCUCCAUCGUGGCCACCAAGCUCAACAGUCCGGUUCUGACCAGCCGCGUGGCCGUCUCGGUCCACGUGUUGGACAUCAACGAGUUCCCGCCUGAGCUCGCCAGUCCCUACGAGAGCAUUGUGUGCGAAAACGCCAAAGUGGGACAGGUGAUUCAACUGUUCAGUGCCAAGGAUCAAGAUCUGCCUAACGCCGGACAACAGUUCUCCUUCAAAGCAACAAAAGACGAAUUGAGGAACAAGAACUUCACUGUCAGAGACUUUGGAAACAACACGGCCGGCAUCGUGACCAAGCGCGGCGGCUUCCGGCGGCGCUCGCAGGAGAUCUACCACCUGCCCGUUGUGAUCGAGGACAACGGCUACCCGUCCAAGAGCAGCACGGGAACGCUGACCAUCCGCGUGUGCGGCUGCGCGGCCGACGGCUCGCUGCUGACGUGCAGCGCCGAGGCCAUCUUCCUGCCCGUGGGCCUGAGCACGGGCGCGCUCGUCGCCAUCCUCCUGUGCAUCGUCAUCCUGCUGGUCAUCGUGGUCCUCUACGUGGGCUUGAAGCGGCAGAAGAAGAAGGAGACGCUGAUGUCGUCCAAGGAGGACAUCAGGGACAACGUGAUCCACUACGACGACGAAGGCGGCGGCGAGGAGGACACGCACGCCUUCGACAUGGGAACGCUGCGCAACCCCAAAGUGGUCAAGGACAACCUGUUCCGCCGGGACGUCAAACCCGAGAUAAAACGGGGUCCCAGGGCGCCCGCCUCCAAGGACAGCGCCGACAUCCGGGCGUUCAUCGACCAGCGGCUGAAGGACCACGACAGCGACAACUCUGCGCCGCCGUACGACUCGCUGGCGACCUUCGCCUACGAGGGCAACGGCUCGGUGGCCGAGUCGCUCAGCUCCAUCGAGUCGCUGGCCGUGGACGCGGAGGAGGACUACGAUUACCUCAACGAGUGGGGGCCUCGCUUUAAGACGCUGGCGGGGAUAUUCGGGGAGCAAUCGGAAGCUCGCUCGGACUCUACGAACACGGAGCAACGAGGCUACUCGCCCACUCCACAAACAAACGUGUAACCUUGUUUUGUUGGCGAAGUCACCUUUACGGUGGACAUUUUAGGACAUCCUUGGCUGUCAGGGUCAGGUGUCAGAUUGGAAAUGUCUCAGGAACAUAUCUGUCAACUUUAUUCGAUAAGAGCGUCCGGUAUUGGACGUCAGCGUCGAAGUCAUGAAGGGUGUCAGGAAAACGGUCGGCACGUUUAUGGAAAUUCACCAUCGGACAUUACGCCCAACAGUUUCAGUCGAGUCUAAAAAGUAUCUUACAAUAGUGAGCACACCCCUCACAUUUUUUGUCAAUGUUUUUUCAUGGGACAGCACUGAAGAAAUGACAGUUCGCUACUAUGUUAAGUAGUAAGUGUAUAGCUUCUAUAACAAUGUCAAUUUACUGUCCCCUCAACACGCACUAAAACUGCUUGCAACAAAAGCGAGUACACCUAAGUGAAAAUGUCCAAAUUGGGCCCAAUUGGCCUUUUUCCCGACCGGGUAUCAUGAGACAUGUUAAACUCAAUUCAUGCUUUCGGCAUCUGCGUGUCCACAGGGUGCACGUUGGUGCAUAUGAUGUAAAAUAUCGUCAUCCAUCCCCGUGCGCACAAAACAGUUUGCUGAACUAAAAAUACCAACAUGUGCUGUGACAUAGUGAAGCAGAGUACCAUCCCCUCCCUUUGGAAAUCGGGCCGCAGGGCAGUAUUCCACUAAAUAGUGACAGCGUGGCAGCAUAGUUGAGUUAUCCUCUGUGCAGUUUCUGUUUCUUUGUGACGUCCUAUCGUGUGACGGUCGAUUGUGUAAUUCCAUCGUCUUGACAGAUGUUUUCCUGAAACCAUUUUGCCUCAACUCAGUGGUGCAAUUCCACAAGAAAUAACCUUUUUCCUGACUUUUAAGCUGACGUCUGAUACCUGACGCUGUAAUUCAAUAAACCUGACAGGUACAUUCCUGAUUCUUUUCGACGUCCUAUUUCAUAACCGACUCUGAAACACGAGGAUGUCCUAAAAUGCCCACUGUGCACCUUUCCAUCCUUUUUCCGGUUCUGUCUUUUACGUUGUUUUCAUGAUUGAAGUGUGAGAGAAAAAAAAAAAAAAAAAUGAGAGCAUACAGUGACAUGAUUGAAUCACUCAUUCAAUUGGAAUGUUGUCUACGAGUAUCCGUGGAGAUGAUGUCAUUUCCGUUAACAUCCCUAAAAGUGCCUCAAUAGAAGAUUUCACGCCACACGUCCGAUGUUUUUAGACGCGAGCAAAACGACCGACGACGUCACUUCUGUGGCGCCCGUCAGGCCAAAGAUGUUUUGAAUGUUAUUUAUCCCUCUAUUUAUUUAUUGGCUGAUUGAUUUGCUUGUGUAUUUAUCUAUUUAUCUCGCAGUCAUACAAUUUUUUUUAUUUUUUUGGAGACUCUUUUUGUAACAGAGGCCCGCGUGAAGAAAAUGGAUGUUCCUGUUAGGUGGGUCAUGUGAAUAGACUUGUACUAGAAAAAAAAAAAAAGAAAAAAAAAAAGAGCGAGAGAAAAGAAAAGAGACACUUUAGGGCUAAAUAUUGCAGU